AUGAAUGGAAUCAUCCACAACUGUACACAUAAAGAUGCGGGCGAAGAUGCCACUUUCCGACUCAGCGAGGAGGAGAUGUUUAUUCGCAUAUUCAACUACAUCGAGCAUUUGUUCGGGAAGAUAAAGCCUAAGAAGCUCUUCUUCAUGGCAAUUGAUGGAGUUGCUCCUCGUGCCAAAAUGAACCAGCAGCGUGCUAGGCGUUUCCGGACAGCCUUGGAUGCCGAAAAGGCUCGCGAAAAAGCGAUCCGAGAAGGAAUAGAGCUCCCAAAGGAGGAGCCUUUUGACAGCAACUGCAUUACGCCAGGCACUGAAUUCAUGGCCAAGCUGUCCCAGCAACUCCGAUACUUUGUAAACAAAAAGGUUUCAGAAGACACCGACUGGCAAGGAUGCGACAUUGUCUUAUCCGGGCAUGAAGUUCCAGGUGAAGGAGAACACAAGAUCAUGGAAUACAUCCGAAACGCAAAGGCACAGCCAAACUACGACCCAAACGCGCGAAACGGCUUUGGAGUUCCCAUCAAAUUCACUUACUCCCCAGAAGUGAAUUUUGUCUAUCCUUCACCCCUCCCGGGAAUCUUCCCAGAGGUCCAAUAUUGCCGCUGCAUUGAGAACAUAUUCGACCUGCCCAAUGUUGAGGGGCUGGAGUACGUCUCAGGGCUGACCAACGGAGCCUUGAUAAACAUAAAGGCCCUUGCCGGGUUCCCAACCUUGCAUACACUUCCAUACUCGGCACAGUUGGUGGAAGGAGCCGGAGUCAAUGUUUUCCAGCAGGACAGCAGAAACCCAAGCGUCAUUGUCACACUUACCGAUACUGAGAUGCGUACAAAGGUCGGAACUUGGAAAUCGAAACUGGGAAAGCGCUGCUUUGUCGGCUAUCCAUUCCUUCAGGAAGCCAAGGUUAUCAAAGUGCAAGAUGAACUCUUCACCUACGAGUUGGCUGAGAAUGAGCAAGACAUCAUAACAAAAGACCACAGCAAUAGAGAUGCUGCUGAUUAUGCAAAGGAGGCAGAGUUUUUGGAAAACUGGCAUGCCAAACGUCUAGGCAUUACAGUUGGUCAGGUUGAAUGCCUAGUUCAUGUUCACAUGCUCAAGGGCCUCAUCAGAACAGAAGAAGGCGCUUUGAUCAAGGAGUACGCCGAAAACCCUAGCCUGCGCAAGGUAUAUGCAGCUCAAACCAUUGUGGAGGAGGUGGUUAACGAGGACGAACGCUUCAUUGAGAGGCCAGCCCUCCCGAUCGAAGAAGAGUUUCCACAAGGCACAAGAGCUUUCUUCCUAGGCGAAUUCGCUUAUGGUCGUCCUUUGGAAGUGAUGGGACAUGUGAAUGGAAAAGCAAAUAUUGUCGUCUCCGUCCCUAAAAACAAAGAGCCGGAGAUCACCAAGCAAAUGAUUUUCCAAGCGGAACGCAACAACCCAUAUACGCCUUCAUUCGCAAUUGCCAAAAAACUAGGCAUUCACCCCCUCAUACUUAGCAAGAUAACAUCAUCUUUCCAAGUUAUCAGCUCUGCCGGCUUGAAGCUCAAUCUCGGCCUCAACUUGAAGUUUGAAGGCCGAAAGCUCAAGGUUCUGGGUUACUCACGCAAAUCAGAGACGGGGUGGGAAUUUUCUAACCAAGCCGUGAAACUUAUUGCCGAAUACAUGGUAGCAUUCCCCGACUUCUUCGCGGCGAUCCAGAGAGAGCCGCAGAAGAGCGAGACUUAUGAGACCGACCUGUGGAACGACCCCAGCGUUGCGCCUCAGAGGAUCAAAGACAUAGUGGCGUGGCUGAAGAAACAAGAGACCAGCAAGUUUGAGCGAGUUCCGCUCGAUGCCGAGCAACUAGACUCUGAGGUUGUCAUGGCCUUGGCUAAAGCCGGAGAGCAGCUGCAUCAGGCGAGUCUAGAGGCGACUGCUAAAACUCUCAAUUCUGUGCCCCGUACGGCUUUGCUGAAACCGGCGGACGCGGAGAUGGUACUGGGCAACCAAUCCUUUAAGUUGGGAGACCGGGUCACUUUUGUCGCCGCUGCUGGAAAGGUCCCCAUUGCAACUCGGGGAACUGUAGCCGGUAUCUCUCGCACCGCGACUGCUGUUCUCUUGGAUGUCGUCUGGGAUGUCCCCUUCAUGAGUGGCACAACCCUCGGCGAGAGGGCCCCAAUGUUCCGUGGGCAGACCGUGUCGUCAUCUACCGUGCUGAAUACUACAAAUUGGCAGGUCGUCUCUGCCUCUUCCAAAUCACGGCAACGACGCACUGUUCCAGCAACCUCAUCCACCGGAUCGUACGGUUCGGUCGGUGUCACCCAGUACAAGGAUGCUCCUGCUCCUCCCGCUUUGCGCGGCGGAUGGCGUGGAGCUGCUGUGGGAGACUCUGGUCGUGGACAGAGCGGCCCCAAUCGCGGCGCGGCGCGCGGAGGCAAGCCAAACCUACUGCAUAGCACGUUGGUCUAUCGACCUGGGCCGCAAGGUGGAAACCCGGGCGGUGAUGAUGUGAACAAAGCUCAGAACGGCAAUCAUGUAAAUGGGAGAGGCGGUAGCGGCCGAGGCCAAGGGCGCGGCCGAGGCAAUGGCGGCAACAGAGGCUCACCUGCUCCGCAAGCUGGAGGACGAGAUUAUACCAACGUUCCACCUCCUGCAAACCUUGAAGCGUCGCGAGGUGGACGAGGUCGUGGCCGAGGAGGAAGGGGACGUGGCGGGGGUAACCCCAAUCGCGGUCGCGGAGGGGCUGUAGCGAACCAGGCAGCUUAGGAGGGUCUGCCUCGAUGGCGAUGGCCCUCUUCCUCUAGGAUUGGGACUGGAAGAAGAUGAUAUUCAACGGUGGGGUGUCGUAUGACGGGUGGAUGGGGCUACAACAGCCUAUCCUGUAAUAUAGCGAACCAUUACUUGUGUACGAUAUGACAUGAUAGGAGGAAGUUCGAUCUG